AUGCGGACAGACGAGUUCCUUCCAGCGCGCAAGCCGGCCAGCGGCAGCCAGAUCUCAUCCGAGCGGAUUGCCCUGGACACGGACGAAAUCGUGCUGGACCCCGAAGAGACAUGGCACUGUACUCAGGGCGCUGCACGAGGCUGUAUGCUUCCGGGACCCUGGCUGUCUGCCCCAUGGCGCCGCAGCGCCCUGUUGGCACCAGAUGAAAAGGGGAACAACAGCCGCCGCUUUGCUGUCUGA